GGCGUUUUGGCCCUUUCGCGCACCCGUCCGGGGCGGACAUGGCCGCCUGUUGCGCGGGGUUGCUGCGGGGCUCGGGGCUCGCAGGCCCGCUCUACCCCGGCCACGUGCCCACCAGCCCCCUGCAGAAGGCGCUGCUGGCGGCCGGCUCCGCGCUCGCCGCCCUCCGCGACCCCUACCGGCAUGAUAUGGUGGCGGUUCUUGGCGAGACAACCGGCUCCCUUGCCCUGCAGAGGCUGCGGGACAAGAUGAGACACGAUGCCGAGGGGUAUCAGAUCCUGCGAGAGCGGCCACGGAUCCGGCUGUCCACCCUGGAUGUGGCGGGGCUCCGGGGGCUGCCGGAUGGGACAUUUGGUCGGGAAUACAUGCGGUUUUUAGAAGACAACAGGGUUUCUCCAGAUACAAGGAUGCCGGCCAAAUUCGUUGAUGAUGAGGAGCUGGCUUACGUGAUCCAGCGGUACCGGGAAGUCCACGACCUGAUGCAUACUCUCCUGGGCAUGCCCACCAACAUGCUGGGUGAGGUCGUGGUGAAGUGGUUCGAAGCUGUUCAGACCGGCCUGCCCAUGUGCGCUCUUGGAGCAGUGUUUGGCCCCAUUCGUCUCAAAGCCCGAAAGCUGCAGGUCUUGACCACGGAGCUCAUCCCCUGGGCUGUGCAGAGUGGGCUCCGUGCCAACUGCAUCCUGAACAUUUACUAUGAGCGCCGCUGGGAGCAGACGGUGGAGUCCCUGAGGGAGGAGAUCGGGAUCCUGCCUCCCCCUUCCAUUCGCCUGUGAGAGCCCAAGCGUAGAGGGCAUUGGCCUCCAUGAGGCUUUGGUGGGACAAAGGGGGGUUGUCCUCACAGGGCACCAGCCUGGAGAGUGAUGACAACCCCCUCAGGGCUUCGUCUCCUCCAGGGAAUUUUCCUGCAGCACUUGGGACAUUGCUUAGCCUGAGCCAGUGCCUGGCACAUCACUGUCACGUCACAGGCACAGCUCUGAUGACUGCAACAUUAUGCCUCCUUAUGGGAAGGGGAAACCUGACCCCUGCUGCUGUGUUGGCCCCAUAUAAAGCUGGUCCCAUGUAGAACUGCAUCCAGCAGAGGUUUUGUUCACACUCGGGUGUGCCUGCCACGUUCAAGGGGUGCAGGUGGUGCAUUGGCCCCAUUCAUCCCUAUGGGCUGCCCUCCCCACCAAGUCAUGGGAAUGCUCCCUGGGUUGCAUCUCAUUAGCUUUAGUGCUGGGGUGGUGAUGAGGGAAGCAGUUGUGGGUUAGAUAGUGCUGGGACAAUAUGGCCUUUGCCUUCCCAUUGACAUGGGACUCCCAGGGGAAGACCUCCCUCUCUGGUGGGCCCUCGUUUUCCAGGGACUGCUUUCUUCAAGGCCUCACUUGCACUGCAGAGCAAUGUUGGCAGAGUGCUAGCAUCUCUCCCUGCCCUGCAUCCCUCUAGCAGCUGGCCCCUCCUAUCAGCCAGCAGGGUGACUCUGUCCAAAUGGGAAGGCUUCAGCAAGCACAGGGAGAUAGUUCCACAGCCCUUCGGUCGCCAGUGCUUCCCCAGGGCAACCUCCGCACCCUGGGACAGAGCUGCAGAGCAGAACCCCCUGCCCUACUGGUGCCAACUGAACUGCCAGCAGAGUGAGACAAGUAGAGACAAGGCCCUGCCAGAGCCAGUUGUGUAACCAGACCAGGGUGAUUCAUGGCCUAAGAUGGAGCAACAGCAGGUCCUGCCCUAGCCCCCCUUGCUGCCCCUGCUCUACUGGCCUGCUUUAGGCUUUGUGUGAGGCCUCUCGUGCUUCUCGGCUGGUGGAUCACACAGUCAUGCUGGCCCUGAGGAGAUGCAGCAAUCGACUUACUGACACAAAGCCAAAGUGCCCUGGAGUGUGCGCACUACAUGUCCAUGGUUCAGAAGGAGCCAAGCACCCUGGCAGCCUGCCUCAGUGACUCCCCAUGCUGAACAGGCUGUGGAACCAGAGCCCUCAGCUCCAUCUUCUCUGGCUCACACCAGACACUGACCAGCUGGUGGAGGAAAGCAGCUACAAGCCCUGUCAAUGCUCUGUGUGGGAUGGUUCUUCCUCAGGGCCCUACUGCUGUCCCUGUCCCAAGCACUAAAUUCCCACACUCACUCUAGUUGUAAGUAGCCAAGGACCUGGAAGGCUGCAGCAGGGAGAGGCAGUGGGGCUAAGGCCUGAGUCCCAGAGGAAGGAGGAUGCUGAAGCUGGGAGCCACCAGCAUGGGGUGUAGAUGGUGCUUGGCGUAGCAAGGCAAGGAGAUGUUGGAGCGGGGAGUUCUGAUGCUGAAGUUGCUCUGUUAAUAAAAUCCAUUGCGAGAUGUGCA